GGAUCCUCGAUCGAUAGUUUGAUUGACUGAUUGAUUGAUUGAUUGAUUGAUUGAUUGAUUGAUUGAUCGGACCAAAUAUAAGAAAAGAAGAAGAAAAAAAAACGGGUGGAGGAGGGGUAGUAGGAGGAGGAAAAAGAAGAGGGCGAGGAGGAGGAGGAGGAGUAAGAGGAGAAGGACGACAAGGAGAAGUAUGAGGAUGAUGAAGAAAAAGGAGGAAGAAGAGGUGGAGGAACAAGAGAAUGCGGCGAUGGAGGAGGAGGAGGGAGAGAAGGAGGAAGAAGAAGACGAAGAGGAGGAGGAGAAGCAAAACGAAGAAGAGGAGGAGGAGGAGGAGGAGGAGAAUGGCGAUGCGCAAAAGGAAGAGGAGCACGAAAGGGAUGAUGAGAAGGAGGAGCCCAUGACGAUGGAAAAGAAGGAGGAGAGGGAGGAGGAGGAGGAGAAGGAGAAGGAAGAGGAAGAAGUAGAAGCGGAGGAAGACGACGACGAGGAGCAGAAAAAGGAGGAGGAGGAAGAGGAGGAGGAAGAAGAGGAGGAAGAGGAAGAGGAGGGGGAGGAGGAGGAGGAGGAGAAGGAGGGGAAGGAGGAGGAAGAAGAGGAGGAGGAAGACAAAGAGGAGGAAGAGGAGGAGGAGGAGGAGGACGAGGAUGACGAUGACGAGGAGGAAGACGAAGAAGAGGAGGAGGAGGAAAACGAGGAGGAGGAAAACGAGGAGGAGGAGGAGAAGGAGAAGGAGGAAGAAGAGGAAGAAGAAGAAGAAGAGGAGGAGGAGGAAAACGAGGAGGAGGAGGAGGAGGAGGAGGAGGAGGANGAGGAGGAGGAGGAGGAGGAGGAGGAGGAGGAGGAGGAGGAGGAGGAGGAGGAGGAGGAGGAGGAGGAGGAGGAGGAGGAGGAAGAAGAGGAGGAGGAAGAAGAGGAGGAGGAGGAGUACGAGGAGGACGAGGAGGAAGAAGAAGAAGAGGAGGAGGAGGAGGAGGACAAUGACGAGGAGGAGGAGGAGGAGGAGGCGGAGGAGGAGGAAGAAAACGAGGAGGAAGAAGAGGAGGAAGAAGAGGGGGAGGAAGAAGAAGAGGAGGAGGAAGGAGAGGAGGAGGAGGUGGAGGAGGAGAAGGACAAAGAGGAGGAAGAGGAGGAUGAGGAGGAAGAAUAGGAUGAGGAGCAAGAGGAGGAGGAGAGGGAAAGGAGGAGGAGGAGGAGGAGGUGGACGAAGGGAAGCUGGCUCACCUGGUGUGGGCUGGCAAUGGCGCAUGGGGUUGCGGUCGUCGACGUCGGAGUUCGCCAAUUGCAACACCGAACUCCGGUGCAAGUGCGGGCGGCAAGACGCGCGGGGGAGAACGGCAGGGCCCCCAUUUUCAAAUUUCAAAAUUGCUCGAUUUGGGCCGUCGAUCUCGCAGAUCUAACGGCCCAGAUCAGACCAUUUUGUUUUCAUUUUUGGAGGCCGUACCGACCUCCAACAAAUCUUCCCGUCCGCU